GGAUUAGUUACUCUACUGGGACCAGUUAUGACUGGGUUGUUUUUGGGUGCCUUUUUAAAAAUAGUUUUUUAAAAAAACUGAAAGUUUGGUUAUACUUACCUACUAGUUAGGUGGAUGGCUUCCACCUUAGGUAGUCCGUUUUGUUUUCAGUAAAUAACCAAUUCAACCUCCUUCAAAACUAGAAGUUUAAUGGAAAUGGUUAGAUGUGGUACAUAUAUUUUUAUUUCUCACUUCCAUCAUUAAAUACAGUUUGGAACCAGUUACCGUGGCGAAACAAGAGCAAGUUCUUAUUGUGAUUUUAUAUAAAACAGCCUUAUGUUUGUUAAUGAAAUCGGCAGUCCAUUGUUCUCAGCUUCUCGUGUCUCGAGGUGAGGAUCAGCUCCGCUCAUAAUCAUCUGACUGGAGAUUUCAGAUUGCCCUGCAGCCGGCUGUCUGUACGAACUUCAUCCCCUCUCUCCUGCUCUGUGCUGAUGUACAGAUUUUCUGUUCAGAGAAGGAAAGCCUGUUUGUUACGCUGGAGAGUUUCAAAGAAAGGGAGACAACCCGUCCGCUGCCCGUCUCUCCCUCCGCCACAAUUCAGCCGACAAAACAACAGAUCCCUAUCUCCGUGCGGCGUCUGCCUGCCAUCACGCCGAGAACCUCCCACACCAGUGUCAUGCAAAGUGCAGAUCACUGAUGUUGUUGUCAUUCAUGAUUAUUUGGGCAAAAACUUUGCAUUGGAGAAGUGGUGCCAUAUGAGCUGACAGGAAAAUGUUAUAGUUGACUUUCUGAGUUAAACUGUUUUAUACAUGUUGUAAAAAUAAAUUAUAUCUCCUUCACAUUUUUUUGUAUGACUUUAAAGAGGAACGAUGCAGCUAAAGAUGGUAACUCUAAAAACCUGAUAAAAAAAUUCCUGUGGUAUUUAUACUGGGCAUGUUGGCUGGAUGAGAGGAGGAUGGGCAGUGACAGGGGAGUGUGUGUGUGUGUGUGUGUGUGUGUGUGUGUAGAGUGGGAGGGGGACUGAAAACCAUCCUCCUUUUAAAACAAGUUGUCCUGUUUGGACUUCGUUAGACUUCAUAUCACCUCAUGAGCAACAAGGACAAUAAUCUGAGGACUAAUUAAAGAUUUCAACCAAAACAUGGAGUUCUGGCCCGAGAAUCCGGGGCAGACGCCUCUAUACUCCAAAUUUGGUACUGUUCCUGGGAGAAACUGUACACAUAACUACCAAGACCGACAUCAGGUCCCCCAGUAUCCACUGUACUAUGGUGAGCAGCAGGAACAAAGCAGGGAGUCCAGUUACUGGACUGUACCAGGAUCAAGAACAGGAGGGGCUCCACAGGAGUACACUAACUGGACGGACCAAGAUCAGACCGCCCCUGCUUCUUCUCAAUUCCCUUUUAUUCUCGACCGUCACGCUCAGCAGCACCAGGACCUGGGAGACUAUCAUCAGCAACAUGAAGCCAGAGACAGAGAGUGGACAGCAGCUCAGCGAGCAGCGAGGGAAUAUGAGAGAGGAUUUCUGAGGGAGGGGUGGCAGAGGAGGUGGGAGCCCUGUGGUCCUGUCCGCUACAACAGGGAAGUUCCUGCUAAGAGGAGCGACAGCAGCUAUCGAGAGCUGGAGGCUUGGGCAGCUCGAUACAGCCAUUCACUUCCAAGAAGGAGACGCAUCGAGGCUGAGUUGAGGGGCGCCUCUCAGGGUCUGCCGGAGAGCAGCAGGACUCUAGAGAGGGACAGCAGGAGUGGGACAGAUCCUCGAGUGGCGGCGCUGCAACAAGUCAGACAAUCUGCAAGCUUCAGAGAAUCAGGAUUGUGGGAUAGAGGGGGCAGACAGCAAGCUCCCACUUACUAUCCAUCACAAACUCCUGCCACCGACACAAGCCAAGAAAAGAACAGCUACCAACCGAGGAUGUUCAGCCAACCUCCUGGCUAUAUCGCUCCUCCUCCCUAUGACAGCCCACAUAAAGGCUCACCUGUACUGCACCACUGUGACACCAGCUGGGAGCAAGAAGGUAAGAGACAAACCUACUGGUCACAGCCCACACUCCAAAAGAAGCAGCAUGUAGAUCUGCAGGAUCACAGAGAAGGAGAGAAAGAGGAGUUUGCAAAACCAGAUGGGAAUCAAAAAAGCUUCCCAGAAGGACUUGAAGGACUAAUACAGGACCGACGACAGGCGACAGAUGCGUUACAGGCAAGCAGUCCUUUUAGUAUCCAGGAAACACACAUGCAGCAUGAGGGUGAGUUGUCUCUGCAACAGUCACAAGUGUUACAAGCGGUUGAGAACAAAAAGAUAAACGAGGAACCAUCCUCAAAAGUCAUUGAAGGAAGGAAGUUCAGAUUAAACAAAAAGACAGGUGGCAUGACCAUAUUCUGCUUGGUGUCUCGAAUAGCAGGCCCCGCAGAGACCCCAUCUUUGCCACUUUGUACCUUGCAAGGAAACAUUCAAAACACAGAAUUAGGAGGUGUUUCUAAAGGUCUCUGGGUCAGUAGUGGCAUUAAUCAAACACACAAACUUGCAGAUGAGGUAGACUUCAGAGCGCCAACACUCACAGAGCAGUCAAAUGCUUCUGAUGCAAGAAAAGCCAAACAGAAGGAGAUGCCAACCUGCAUAGAAAGUGAGAUGCUUAGUGAUAAGCUAUCAAACAAAGCAGAGAUGGAUGUUGUUUCCCAAGAAAAAGUUAAAACAGAUGAUGCUGAUUCUACAAUUGGGAGACAAGUUGCUCGAUCAGUGCAGCCUGUGUCAGUCAAAUAUCCUCUGUGGAGGGAGCCUAGUUUCUCAAGCAGAGCUGAAACUGAGAGUUCAUCAACAUGUUUGAAAGCAAACAUCGAGGAAGGAGAAUCAGAUGUUCUGCACAACCAAGAAAAUAAAUUUCAUCCAAUUGAUGUUGAAGUAAGGAGACUGGACAUCAAGACAGACACAGACUCUGAGGACAGUGAAGGUCGACUGGUUAUCAAAACAACCUGUGUUGUUGUUAAAAUGGAGCUGAUUCCAUCACCCAAGAAAGAGCAUGUUCACUACUUACACACUGAGCACAGUCCACUUGAUGUUCAAUCGACUAUCUCUCCUGAAUCAAACAGUCAGCUGGAUCAGGAUGCAACAACUGACCAAAACACAGAAACAAACCCCCUCCACACUAAUGAAAGGCCUGAGACUGAACCAGACUCCGAUAUUAUGGAACAACAGACACCCGAGGGAGAAAGUGAAAUCUCUUCCGUCUGCAUGUCCUCAUCUUCAGUUUCUGAGGGGGAAACGCUGGAGGAGCGCACUGAAAGGAUCCUAGGAAUCCCUCUACAGGACUGCGUUACUAAGCAGCAACCUGAAGAUGCAACGUCACCUCUGGACUCGUAUGUGGAGGACCAGGAGGUUGAACCUUCUCCAAUUAAAGACAACGACAUUGAUGAUGCAGUUGAACAAAUCCCAGAGGACACAGGAGAAGAGGAACAGUCACAGAGUCGGUUAGAGGUUGGCCAAACUGAAGAUGCUGUGUGUUUGCGGGAGAAUGAUGAUACCAAAGAUCAGGCGGCAAAUGAAGAUGGUGGGGAUUUCGCAGGACUUCGGGAUCAGGUGUCUAUUAUGUCUGACGGGAAUGACACUGAAACUGACAUUGAAUCUUUACCGGAUAUUGAAAUAACUGAGGAUUCUCUGCUUAUACCCGUUAGUGAAGAAGGUACAACUGAGCAGGAAGAAAACGAUACCUCUACUCAUCAUCCACCCACCAACCUCUCUAAUUCUUCUUUGCUUUCACCCUCCUCAGACUGUGAACCUGCUCUUUCUCUCACGCUGUCAUCCUCCGAUCUUACGCCUCUCAUGCAUAUCUCAGAAUCAAACAUAGAGGGAGGUCCUGAUCCUGAGUUGAUUCCCCUCAAUUCUGCAGAAAACUUAGCUCUUCAGCCGGAAACCUCAUUUCUUCUCCCUGCAUCUAUUGACUUUACCACAAACUCCACUCCCAAUGCAGACCAUUUCCCAAGCCCUUCUCCUCUUUAUUCAGUAGAUCACACUGCAGAAGCAGUGUCCGAUGUUGAGGACCAGGAUGAAGAGGGUGAAACACCACAGCUAAUAAACAAUGAGAUCAGCGACACCCUUGAGGAUAUUACCAAAGAUAUGACUGAGGAGCAACAAUCUGAAAGUGACCAACCAGACGAUGCUGCGUGUGUGAUUGAGAGCAAUGCCACUGAUGAUCAACAAACAAAAGAAGACGAUCCUACAGACCAUAUUAUGGAGCAGACUCCUAAAAUGUCCAAAGAAGAUGCCAUAGAGAUUGACAUUUUGCAGCAACAACUUGAACGUGUCCAAGCAGAGGAUUUUGUUUAUGUAAAACAUAGUUAUUUGACUGAAGAUCAGCUACCAGAAGAAGUCGGCGAGGAUCCUGCAGGUCUUUUGGAGCCGACAAUAUCCCAAGAAAAUGUGACUGACAGUCAAACAGAGGUCAACAUUUUGCAGCAACAAUUUGAUAAUGGACAAGAAGAGGAUGCUCAUCUAAAAGAGAGUUAUAUGACUGAGGAGCGAUCACAAAAAGAAGUUGAUGAGGAUCCUACAGGUCUUUUGGAACUGACGCUAUCCACAGAAAAUGCUACAGACUCUCAAACUCAAAUAGAGAUUGAAAUUUUGCAGGACACUGAACCACAGACUGAAGCCUCUGACUCUUCUCCUCCCUCACCAUCAGACUCAGACUGUGAGGUGUCUCAAUCACCUUUGGAUGUGCUCUCACCCUCUGAGCUUCCUACUCCAACACACACAUCAAACGAGUCGGAUACAGAGUUUGUUUCUUUUCUGGAAAUGGACUCAGUUUGUUCCUCAGCUCUAAAUCCUGAUGCUGCUCCUGCUGCUGGCAUCCCAGAAACUGUCCCUCCUCCUCUUCAUCUGGACUCCUGUGAAGAACCCCUUCAGUUCUCAUCUUCCUCUUGCACUGAUUCCCCCCGAAUCCUGCUAUCCAGCUCUUCAACUCCUCCUCCGCAAGAGGGAAGUGGAAGCAUUGACCCUGCCUCACCCCUCAAAGAAGAGCCCCAGUAUCCCAAGUCCCUGUGGGAUGCAGUAAAUCGCAUUAGGAAACAUACAGCGCCCGACUCUGAGAAUGAGGAGGAGGAGGUGAGUGAGCUCUGGGAUCCAGAGAGUGCAGGGGAGGACUUGUGUCGCCCAGGUGUGGUAGUGGACAUUAAUUCGGGGAGGAUAGUCUUUGAUGGAGCAGGGCAGUCGGAGGUUUCAACAGAAGGUGUGGAGGAGAAUCUGUGUCAUGAAGAGCGAAGCGGACACGCUGAAGAAGACACGCUGUCCUGCAGCAGCACCUGUAGCCACGGGUCUGGGGACACCGUUAUUGUAGCAGAUGAGGACGAGGCUGAGGAAACGCCACCUGACGCUGGGACAGAAAGCAAGACGGGGAACGACGAGGAGUUUCAGACGGCUGAGGGAGAGCGAUGCUGCUCUGCUGAAGUAAAAGAUGAGAUAGCAGCUAAGGAAGAGGGAGAUAAUGAUGGAGAUGAGAGCGUCAUUAAUGAGUCUAGUCAGAGUGAGGAGUGGCCGGUGGAGGUGGCGAAUAAAACAGCCAAGGCAGUGGAAAUGAAGGAAACAGAGCUAGAAGAAAACCAGGAGGAGGUUCAGGUGAAGAGAUGAUUGAAAGUGAGUCUGUAAAAUAACUAAUAUGUUUGAUUAAACAUCUAACAACUACGUACCAUCUACAUUUAUAUUGUGCCUCAUAAGGAAUGGAGGUAAUUUCCUCAAUAACAUUUUGUAGCAGACAUUUAAUGUAUUUUUUAGUUUCAGUGUAAUCUUAGAGCUCUUGAUGGGUAAGUAAUGAUGCAUUCACUGUUGUUAUAGAAAUGUAGGAAUUUGACAUUAUGGAAAUCUAAAAUAUCCAAACCAUUUAUUUGACAAAUCUAUUCUUGUAAGCACAUCUUGUCAUACUUUUUCUCCAAAUCUAUUUAUCUGCUGUUUCUAGAGUGUUUAAGGUAAAUAUGUGGUUAUGAAAUUAUGAAAGUGGAAGGAAUAAAAGAUUUGAUUAUUUGGAGUGA